AUGUCAACACCAACACCAAUUCAACGAAAGAAAGAUAAGAAUUCAUCAGUGUCUUUUACGGAUAAUUUAUAUAAUAAUCAAAAAGAAUCCCGUAAAUCUCCCUCUUUAAUUAAACCAAUUUUACAGGGAGUUGUAUUUUUUAUAAUUGCAUUUUUCUUGAUUAGUUAUUUGAUUACCGAGACUUGGACUUGGGGUUAUCAAAAUAAAUACACAAAUUGGAGGAAUUGGGUUCCGCGUAAACAAAUUGUAUUUACCGAAAAAGAGCUGGCUAAAUACGAUGGAUCGGAUCCAAACUUACCAAUAUACAUUGCUUUGAAUGGAGAAGUAUUUGAUGUUACUAGUGGAAAAAAUUAUUACGGAAAGGGUGGUGGUUAUAGCUUCUUUGCUGGAAAAGAUGCCUCUCGUGCAUAUGUCACAGGAUGCUUCCAAACUCAUCUGACCCAUGAUCUGCGUGGUCUAACGCCUGCACAAAUCAAGGAUGUUGAAAAUUGGGCAACUUUUUAUCGCGAUCACCAUUCUUAUUAUAAAGUUGGAACGGUUGUACAUCCACCUAUAGAUCCAAAUUCGCCUAUUCCAGCACCGUGUGAUGAUGCUUCAUCCCCGAAGGCGUAA